GCACAUUACAGAAAAGAGGGAAGGAAAAAGACACAUUGAUGUUAUGCAUGUUGCUGAAAUGUUUGGCAUGUUGAAUGCUGCUAUCUCACGCCAAGGCGCUGCAUCUCGCCCCGUCUUCAGGGCUCGUAGUUCCGCUAGCGAUGCUGGCGUUCGAAGAGUCUCCGUUCGCCCUCCUUCCGAAGGGCGUGCACAGCGUCCUCACCUUCGUGGGACUCCUCGCCGUCGGGAAGAUCCUCGCAGGCGCAUUGUGGGGAGCUGUGGUAGCGCUGAGGGCGCACUUGUGGGGCAGACUGUGGGCCAAGGAGCUGGUCCAGUCUUACGGAAAAUGGGCAGUCGUGACGGGGUCCACGGACGGCAUCGGGAAGAGCUACGCUAAGGAGCUCGCCAAGAAGGGAAUGAACAUUGUGCUCAUCUCAAGGAACUUGGAGAAACUACAGAAAGUGGCCGGAGAAAUAAAGACCCAGUAUGGAGUCGAGACGCACGUGGUCCAGGCCGACUUUUCCUCCGGCCGGCCAAUCUAUAGCAAUAUUUCGAAGCAUUUGAAAGACAAAGACAUUGGGGUAUUAGUGAACAACGUCGGCAUGGCGGCCUCUGCAAGCCUGUUCGACGGCUUAACCGAAGACGACAUCUGGGCGUAUUUGAACGUGAACAUGGCGUCUGUGCUGGCCAUGACUCAUCUAGUCUUGCCCGAAAUGCUCAGGAAGAAGAAGGGGGCCAUCGUCAACGUGUCGUCCAUGACUGCAAACUUCCCAAUGGCUUACAUCCAGGUGUACGCGGCGUCCAAGGCCUUCGUGACCAGCUUCAGCCGCGCCCUCCAGCUCGAGUUCGGGUCCUCGGGCGUCUCGAUCCAGUGUCUCGAGCCCGCCUUCGUCGUCUCCAACAUGACUCGGCCCGUCGAGGACUUCCGCACUCCGAGUUUGUUCGUUCCCUCCAGCGAUGUCUUCGCCGCCAACGCCGUCGCCACAAUCGGCAACUCGAAGCUCACAACAGGCUACUGGUCCCACGGGCUUCAGCUGGCCUGGUGGAAGAGCCUCCCGGAAUGGUUCAUACUGAACGGCUUCAAGCGCUUUUUUGAGUCCAAACAAAAGCUCGAAUAAAGUGGAUCCAAAAACCGGCGUCGCGUUCCAUGCUUCCGAAGAACCACAUCGAGGUGAAAGACAGGAAUCCCGUGAAAAUCACACGACGUUUGUUCUGCACUGAAGAUCAUUCUCAAAGCACGUGAAAUUAAAAGAAUGGUAAAAAAGGA